CAGCAGUUGGCUUUCAUUCAUUCAUGUUUUUGAUUUUGUAAACAUCAGUUUGGAACACCACAAAUUCAAACCCUUACGUACAAACUCUAGCCGCUAGUUUGGACCUGGUUUGGAUCUAAUCAGAUAUUUGGUCAUUCUUUCUAUUUGUCCCUUACAAUCAAACCCCGACAAUGAACGCUCCCGACCGUUUCGAGCUCUUCCUCCUCAACGAUGGAGAGAAGAAGAUCACCGAAAAACCCUUCGCAGGCAUGUCUAACACUUCGGACUUCAUCAUCUUGAAGGAGGACCAUACCAUCGGUAACCUGCUCGCUGAGCACUUCAAGCAGCACCCCCACGCGAUGAUGGCCGGCUACAAAGUCGCCCAUCCUAACGUUCCCGAGGUUCUGAUUCGACUUCAGACCGAUGGCACUAUUACUCCUCGCGAGUUGUUCAUUGAGGUGUGCAAGCAGCUUGUCGCCUCUCUUGGACAGCUGGCGCAGAACUUCACUCGAGAGUACGAACUUCGCCGCAUGGCCGGUGCUGGAGAUGACUCUGGCGGUGGCGCCAACAGCAAAUAAGUUCCUUGUUACUAUGGCAUGGCAUUCUCAGGCAUGGCGUUCUCACGAUAAAUAAUGGACAAGGGCAUGGGCAGAGAUACCUGGCGUUACGGUUGAGAGUUGCUUCUAUAUUGCACUGCACUUUGCUUGACUUCGGACACUUUCGACUCGUUUAUUGGCAAGAAUCGCCUAUGAAAUUGACUUGACCUCUGAUGAAGUCUUUCUAACCACAAU